AUGCCUACAGAACCAGUAAAGCCGCUACAGCCCGACAAUGGUGAGGCGCCGGCGCCACGCCCCGACUCCCAAAUCGACCAAGCCAUCGCCGUCAAAUACUGGAGCGACAAACCCGCAACAGUGAACGGCAUGCUUGGCGGCUACGCCCAGGUCUCGCGGACCGAUCUGCGCGGAUCCAGGAACUUUCUCGCAAAGGCUCGUCGAUUAGUGCCGGUGUGUCCGGCGACGGGGAAGCUCAAGCGCGGUGUGGACUGCGGGGCUGGGAUCGGACGCGUGAUUAAUGAUUUUCUGGGCCAGGAGUGCGAAGUCGUUGAUGCGGUUGAGCCGGUGGAGAAGUUUUCCCGGGUUCUGAGUGAGCGGCGGCUGACGAGGAAUUGUGCGCUUGGUGAGGUGCUUACUAUGGGUAUUGAAGAUUGGGUCCCUGGGGCCAAGGUGUAUGAUCUUAUCUGGGCGCAGUGGAGUGUUCCUUACCUGACGGAUGCGCAAUUGGUUGAGUAUUUGGUACGGUGUCGCGGUGCGCUUACAGAUGUCGGGAUUAUGAUUAUCAAAGAAAAUAUCUCUGAGGAGCCGGAGGGGGAUAUCUAUGACGAAUCAGAGAGCAGUGUGACAAGGACAGAUGCGAAAUUACGAAAAUUAUUCAAGGAAGCUGGAAUGCAUCUGAUCUUGUCAGAGGUGCAAUCCGGGUUUCCUCGACAAUUGAGGCUUUUACCAGUUACAUCUUAUGCGCUACGACCAAGGAGCUAG